UGACUUUCAGCUGGCAAAUUAAAAAUAUAUAUUGUUAUUUUUUGUUUACAUUUUGAAGAGCAGUUGGCACGUGGACCGUGGAUUGUGGAUUGUGGAUUAUUACCUAACACGGAGCUCCAUUUUCAUAAAACUAGUAUUCCAGUUUCUCCUCUUGUGAAAAUUAUUCAAUAUUGUUUACCAUCUCUGAGUAUGGCUGAUGCAAUUGUUAAUCUUGCCUUGGAGCAGCUGCUUCAAAUCACUACUCAAAAGAUAGGGGAAGAGGUGAGGCUUGUUGGUAAUGUCGAAAAUGAAGUAGAAAAACUUCGGAGCAAUCUUGAAGCCAUUCAAGCUGUGCUACUGGAUGCAGAGGAGAGGCAAAUGAAGGGCGACAGAGCUGUGAGACGUUGGUUAGAUAAGCUCAAAGACAUAUCCUACGACAUGGAAGAUGUGUUGGAUGAGUGGAAUACUGAAAUCAUGAGGUUGCAGUUUGAAGGAGAACUUGAACAUGCUCCUGCUCCUAAGCAGAAGGUACCUUCCUUCUUCCCCUGUUCUUGCUUUGGUAUCAAACAAGCUGUUUUACGCCGUGAUAUAGCACAAAAGAUUAAAGAAUUAAAUGGAAAACUAGAAAUUAUUAACAAAGAAAAAGAUACAUUCAAGUUGGAGAAACUGAAGAGAAUUGAAGGACCCGAACGAGUUUCAAGUACGUCUUUUGUUGAUAUGGCUGAAAUAUGUGGUCGAGAAUCUGAGAUGAAUUCUUUAGUGAGUAAGUUGUUAGAUGAGAGAAAUGAAAAACAAAGAGACCUUCCUGUCAUCUCACUUGUAGGGAUGGGAGGAAUUGGGAAAACAACUCUUGCUCAAUUAGUUUAUAAUAAUGACAAGAUCAUGAGCUAUUUUGACACAAAAAUAUGGGUGUGUGUAUCAGAUCCUUUUAAUGAGGUUAGGGUUGCCAAGGCAAUCAUCGAAGGACUGGAAUGUCUUACCACUGAUUUUGUUGAAUUGGAAUCUCUUUUGAAAUGUAUUUGUCAAUCUAUUAUGGGAAAAAAAUUUCUUCUCGUUUUAGAUGAUGUGUGGUCAGAAGAUUACAACAAAUGGAAAUCAUUUUAUCACUGUCUAAAGAAUGGUUCCUAUGGUAGUAAAGUUUUGAUUACAACAAGGAAUGAAAGAGUUGCAUCGAUUAUGGGGUCAGUUGCUCCUAUCAUAAUGGAGCAAUUAGCUCAGGAGGAAUGUUGGUUGUUGUUUAGUCAAUUAGCAUUUUUUGGUAGAUCUCUUGAGGAGUGUGAAAAAUUAGAGAAAAUUGGAAGAGAAAUUGUUGCAAAGUGCAAGGGUUUGCCGCUUGCUGCAAAAACUAUUGGCAAUCUCUUGCGAUUUAAGGGAACUAGAGAUGAAUGACAACAAAUUUUAGAUAGUGAAAUUUGGAAAUUAGAACAGAUAGAGAAAGGUCUUUUAUCACCUUUGAUGUUGAGUUAUAAUGAUUUGCCAUCUGAGAUAAGACAAUGUUUUUCAUAUUGUGCUAUCUUUCCAAAAGAUCAUAAUAUAGAGAAAGAUCACUUGAUCAAAUUAUGGAUGACUCAAGGUUAUCUUGGGUUUGACAAUGAUACAGAGAUGGAAGUAAUAGGCCAAGAGUAUUUUGAUCAUUUAGCAGAUCGAUCAUUCUUCCAAGAGUUUCAAAAAGACGGUUAUGGGAAUAUCAUAAGCUGCAAGAUGCAUGAUAUAGUUCAUGACUUUGCUCAAUUUCUCACUAAAAACGAAUAUUUUACUGUGGGAAUCAAAAGGGGCAGUGAAGACCUAGUCGCAAACACUUCCAAUGAGAAAGCCCGACAUUCAAUGUUAAUGCUUCCCGUCGGGGCUACAUUUCCUAUCUCCAUUUGUAGCAUCAAAAGUUUACGGAGUCUUUUAAUUGAUUGUGAAGAUUCUAUGUAUUCAUUGCCUGAUGAUGUUCUACUAAAUCUCUUUGGUGAAUUGACAUGUUUAAGGGCAUUAGACAUAUGUCCAAGAUUCAAACCAUCGAAUUUGAUUACAGCGAUUCCAAAAGAGGUAAAAAAAUUGAUACAUUUGAAAUAUCUGAAUUUGUCUUUUCAGAAUGUGGAAAACCUUCCGGAAACUUUAUGUGAGUUAUACAAUCUGCAAACUUUAGAUAUUUUUUGCUGUACAAAGCUUAAAGAACUGCCUCAAGGGAUGGGAAAGUUGAUAAACUUGCGGCAUUUGAUUAAUGAUGUUACUUAUUCAUUAAGUUACAUGCCCAAGGGAAUUGAGAAAUUAACUUGUCUCCGAACAUUGGAUGAAUUUAUCGAAAAUAGCAGCAGCAGUGAUGGUGGUAAAGCAUGUAGUACGCUUGCAUGCUUGAAAGAUUUGAAACAUUUAGGAGGAAAGCUUUAUAUUAGAGGGCUAGGAAAUGUGACCAAUGUGAGUGAGGUUAAGAGAAUGCAAAUUCUCAGCAAUAAAAAAAACCUCUUCUAUUUACAGCUAAGAUUCGAUAAAGAUGGAGAAGGAGAGAGGAAAAAUGAUGAUGAUGAGUUACUUCUUGAGGCUUUGCAACCGCAUCCAAAUUUGGAGAAAUUAUUUAUACACGAAUAUAGAGGCAGCACUUUUUAUUCUGAUUGGAUCAUUUCAUUAACCGGGCUGAGGCAAUUGCAUCUUUUCAAGUGCGAAAAUUGUAUGCAUUUGUCUCCCUUGGGAAAAUUGCCAUCACUUGAAUCACUAGAGAUAAAUGGUAUGGGAGUGAAAAAGCUAGUUAUGGGAAUCGAAAGCGAUGGUGCAUUUUCAUCAUCUACAUCAGCUAUUCUCUUUCCCAAGUUGAAAGUUCUUGAAUUCUGGCGUAUUUCCGAAUGGGAAGAGUGGGAUUACGGGAAUACAAUCAUGCCAUGCCUUGCUUCUUUGUCUAUCAUUCUCUGUAAAAAAUUACGUGCACUGCCUGAUGGCCUUCUCCAGGGGGCGAAAAAGCUACAACAUUUGGAGAUUUUUGGAUGUGAUCUUUUGGAAAAACGUUACAGAAAGGGAACAGGAGAGGACUGGCAAAAGAUCUCCCACAUUCCCAACAUCAAAUUCAAUUGUUCAUAUCUGCAAGGAGGCCCACUCCCACUGCAUUGAGUUCUCAAAUUGCUGCAAUUACCAACCAUCAAUCCACAAAGGAGAUGUGCAGAAAUAUUGAGCAUGAUGGUGGUUGCAGUGUUAUGCUAAAAGGAACAGAGGAGAUAGUUAUGUAAAAAGGAAGUUGGAUUUCACUUGUGUUAAUCUUAAUUUGUAUGAGUUGUGGUUUGAUUUUCUUCAUAAAGUUGUUUGUUUUUAGCGUGCUUGGACAACUUUUUUUGUCAAUAAUGUGCAUGUAAUAUAUGGUGUGUUUGAUUGGAAAUUAGGUGUAAAAUAUUAAAUAUAUGUUAUAUGGUAUGAGCUGAACAUAUUGCUAUAUCAUUUCUAAAUAUAUAUAUAUAUAUAUAUGUGGUUUUAACUUUCAUCUAUCUCUCUCUCUGGUAUUACUUAAGAUUGUUAUGUUUAGUAUUAUCCUCUAAGUUUAUAAACUUGUGUUUGGAUAUUUUUUUUUGUUAUAGUUUGUGGAUUAUCAUUAAUUGGUACUUAGAAAGUUGUAAAAAUAUACAUACAUACAUACAUACAUACAUACAUACAUACAUACAUAUAUAUAUAUAUCUUUUGUUAGAGGCAAUAUAUUUACACAUUUGCUAUCACUCAAAUAUAUAUAUUUAUUUCAUUGUGAUGAAAAUUUUUCUGAUUACAUGAAAUAAUAAAUCUUUUACUCUCUCUUCGGCCUUCAGAAAAAUCUAAUCCAGAUAACAAAUUGGAUUGAGCAUCUGGAUAUUGAAUUACUACAAUUACUGAAUUGUUUGAGUUUUCAUCACCAUAAAAAGUCGGCUAAAUCAAACAUUAAAGCAUGCCAUAACACUUUGACAGAUAAUAUAAAGAACACAGAACCAUUACAGGCUGACCAAAUUUAGUAGUACUCAAAACACCUAUAUGCCAUUCAUGAUGAUUAAAAUCUUUACAUGUUGCUGCAUCUAUUUCCUGUAAUUAGAUGUUCAGCAUCAUUAAAAUCUUUAAAUAUCUGAAAUUUUUUCUUCAAAGGUAAACAGUUAUGGGCUCUGUUUGCAGCUCUGACAGUUCCAAGGCAAUCCUACCAGAGGCUUUAAUCCUACCAUAGGGAAAUUUGUUUGCAGGGCUAAAAUGCUAGAAACAAAAUUUGGAGUCUUGCAAGGAUUUAAUCAGAUGCCAGCAAAUCCUAAACCGUGAUGGUGGUAAAGCAUGUAGUACUUGUUGAAGCUAUGAAGCAGUGAAGUUGGCUGCUGAAAAUUCUGCAUUUUUUUGAAGAUGGUUUUGCUGCAGAAAACUGAAGAUGAUAUGGAUUAUUUUCUGCAGCCUUAAAAUGGUGACAAACUUCCUUAACCAUUUUGUAAUGUUUUUAGUUAGAAUACAACCAAACUAAAUUGUAUUUGUUAUGUUAGGUGUACUUUGACUUAAAGUUUGGUUAGCUUGUAAGAAUUUGUGUGGAUAAGCUUAAUUUAAGCUGCUUUUGUACAGGGGUUAGGAAAGCUAUGUAAAUAUACAUGUAUGGCAAAGAAAUGAUAUGUUUUUAGUCACAAAAACAGAAGAAAAAGCAGACUUCCGUUCCA